CCCAUCAAACAAAUCGGGAUUUUUGGACUUCUGGAACGAACUCGGACUGCGCCGGUCCUCAUUACUGGUGUUCUGAUGGUGAAAAAUUGAAUUUGAACCGCUUGCCCAACUGGAAAGGCGGCCGUUUGCCUUCCCAGGAGGCCGGAAACUGUAUUUUCGUCAAUCUGUCCAACGUCACUGUGAAUGCGUCAGUGCUGGGAGCUGACGUGUGUUCGACGCAAAAACAAUUCCUCUGCGAGGUGCUACAAACAGGAAAUAAAUCCGUACAAAUCAAAAGGAGUUGUCAGGAAAUGUUGGACGUUAGUGACCUAGAAAUCGAGGAACACAUCAUGAACAUCUCUGCGCUGCAAUCUCCAGUCAAAAGAAAUUUGAUGUGCUACAUAAGAUGCUGCGGGAUUCGCGGAGAAGUGAUAAAAUAUGGCCAACUGUUGACCGGACACGUAAUUCGAAACUUGGAAGAACUGACAUUUGAUGACCCACCCCUGAUGCAAUCAUCAUUUGACGGAUACGAAAAAUGCUCAUCAAUUUAUGACACCGAUGAGUGCAGGAUGUAUUCAGAAAUGUUUUACUGCGGCAAGAAAACUGAUCCAACCCUAACAAUGGCAUUGCUGGACACCAACAAAGAUGGACCAAAUGUUGUGGCUUCACCAACAGGAGCAAUAAACACAAAAUACCGAACUUGUUUAGAUUUUGGUCCAUGCGUUACUGAUGCUGCGGCUGUAAAUGAGUUGCGACUUACUGGAAGAUGUAUAGAAAAAUUGUGCAAACUUAAAAUGUGGCGUAUGUAACACGAAUCAUAAAAAUUUCCAGGGAGUAGAGGAGCAAUAUAUCAAACAUCAACUGGAAAAAAAUAUUACUUUAAAUU